UUCUUUGCAGCUCAUCCACAAUCAAACCAACCCUUUUGCUCAUCACUUGAGAGAUUUCAAGUCAAAGUUAAACCAUGGCUAAUGCACGUCUAGCAAGGUUUGUCAUGGAGGUUGCUCCUCCUCAGUUUGUGACUGUCAUGAGGCACAAAACUGCAAAGCUCUUAGAUACCAUUAAUGAAGAGGAAAGAGAAUUUUCCGGAAAUGAUUCUGUCCCUUCUUCCAGAAUUCCGCCAUCUAAUUGCGCUGCAGCUACAGCAGCUGCCACAGCCGGAGCUGCAGCCGGAGUCGCAGCUGUGAAUUGCAAAAAUCCUCUGAGAGAAGUUCAGAGAUCAUUGUCGAUCUUUCGUAAUUAUGAGGCGUAGUUUUCGAUUUAUUAGAGGUGGAGUUAUUGUUUCCUGAGUUUUCUUUUGGUUUUCUUUCUUAAGAGUCCACUGGUCUGGUUGGUUGAACAUGGCCUGUUGAGACUUAAGGUAGGUGAGUCUGUAUCAGGAAGUUGUGUUGAACUGUUCUUCCACGCUGUACAGAGUCAAAAAAUUUCAUAAACUAUUACAAUGUAAAAUUGCUGGUUUCACUUUCUUAUUAUUGACCUAAAUUAAUGAUUCAUCGUAUAACGGUU